CCUCGCAAUCCACACACCAUCAUCAGCUUUCUCCUAGCAUCCGACUCCCUCCCUUGCCCCCGACCCAUCACACACACACACACACAGCGCGAGCGUCUUAUCAGGGCCUGCGCGAAGAGAAGAGAAGAGUGCAGAGGAGCACAGAGACAGAGUAAGCAACAGCAAUGGUGAGGGCUCCUUGCUGCGAGAAGAUGGGGCUCAAGAGGGGCCCGUGGACGGCGGAGGAGGACAUGACCCUGGUCGCUCAUAUCGAGCAGCACGGCCACAGCAACUGGCGGGCGCUGCCCAAGCAGGCCGGCCUGCUGCGCUGCGGCAAGAGCUGCCGCCUCCGGUGGAUCAACUACCUGCGCCCCGACAUCAAGCGCGGCAACUUCACCUGCGAGGAGGAAGAAGCCAUCAUCCAACUCCACGCCAUGCUCGGCAACAGAUGGUCCACCAUUGCGGCCAGGCUGCCUGGCAGGACGGACAACGAGAUCAAGAACGUCUGGCACACACACCUCAAGAAGCGACUCGAAUCCUCGUCCAAGACGUCCGGCCAGGCAGCGCCUAAGCGCAAAGCCAAGAAGCCUGCUGUGGCUGCAACUGCGAGCGCGCUCGAGGGACCGACCUCCGAGCCUGCGUCGUCGUCACCGGGGCAGUCCCUCUCGAUGUCGCCGGAGCAGUCGCUCUCGACGUCGUCGGCCACCGGCUACUCGAUGGCCUCGUCGUUGGAGAACACGGGAAGCUCUUCCUCGGAGUCCGAGGAGUUCCAGAUUGACGACAGCUUCUGGUCCGAGACACUGGCGAUGUCGGUGGACAGCUCCGGUUCCGGGAUGGAAACCGGCGACACCUUCGGCGUAGAUAGUGCUUCGACGUCGUCGUCGAGCAACGAUGAGAUGGACUUCUGGGUCACACUGUUCAUGCAGGCUAGUGACAUAGAGAGUUUGUCACAGAUUUAAAUUUUAAUGAGAAGAUUGGGCUAUGUUCAUAUUUUGGCCGGA